GAGGACAUGGCCACUCCAGUGAGGACGUUCCCAGUUGCCCUGUGGACACCGACACCGGCUCCCUGGUUAGGAGGAAACACCACCGCAGAGGCAAAGUGUGUCUUCAAUGAGGAGUUCAAGUUCAUCCUGCUGCCCAUCUCCUAUGGCAUUGUCUUCGUGGUGGGGCUGCCCCUCAACUCCUGGGCCCUGUGGAUCUUCAUGUCCAGGAUGAGGCCCUGGAAUGCCACCACCACCUAUAUGUUCAACCUGGCUGUCUCUGACACCCUCUAUGUCCUCUCCCUCCCUACCCUGGUCUACUAUUAUGCUGACCGCAACAACUGGCCCUUUGGGCAGUGGCUCUGCAAGAUGGUGCGUUUCCUGUUCUAUGCUAACCUGUACAGCAGCAUCCUCUUGCUGACGUGCAUCAGUGUUCACCGCUAUGUGGGUAUUUGCCACCCCAUCCGCUCCCUGAACUGGGUGAAGACCAAGCAUGCCCGCAUCAUCUGUGUGGGUGCCUGGCUUGUCGUCACCAUCUGCCUCAUCCCCAACCUCAUCUUUGUCACCACCAGCUCCAGGGGCAACACCACCUUGUGCCACGACACCACCAAGCCUGAGGAGUUUGACCAUUACGUGCACUACAGCUCCUCUGUCAUGGCCCUCCUCUUUGGGGUCCCCUUCCUGGUGAUCGUCCUGUGCUACUGCCUGAUGGCCAAGAGCCUUGGCAAGUCGAGCUUGUCCAGCCCCAGCCCCCGGAUGCCCUCCUACAAGAAGCGCUCCAUCAAGAUGAUCAUCAUUGUGCUCACUGUCUUUGCCCUGUGCUUUGUGCCCUUCCACAUCACCCGCACCAUUUACUACACCUCCCGUUACUACCAAGCCAGCUGCCAGACCCUCAACAUCAUCAACUUCACCUACAAGAUCACUCGGCCCCUGGCCAGCAUCAACAGUUGCCUUGACCCCAUCCUGUACUUCAUGGCUGGGGACAAGUACCGGGGGCAGCUGCGCCGGGGGCCAGCCCAUCGCCUCCGGCCCGUGCCCACCUGUGACCUGGCACUGGUGUCCCCCUCCAUGGAGAGCAUCCUGGGGGGCACUCCCAGUGACUCCUGUGGGACUGGGACAACUGGGAGGAGAGGGGGGUGCUGA